CCUGGGGCACACGAAGACAGGCCACGCCCCAAAUAGAGAGCAAGGCCCGAGCGCCUAAGGCCAAGCUAGUUCUAUCGUGAAAUCCCUGGACCCUGUCGCGAUGAAACACCGCCCACCGCAGAGCACACCGCCGUUCGAGAGGCUCCAUCUUUAGAACUGAAAGAAUGAAAGCUGACCAAAGGGGAAUCCCGGAUUUGGGAGCCUGGGGUACGGCGGCUGCCUGGGGACCAAAACGUCUCUAAGGAUGGAUAGAAUGACAGAAGAUGCUCUUCGUCUGAAUCUUUUGAAAAGGAGCUUGGACCCAGCUGAUGAGCGAGAUGAUGUGCUGGCAAAACGACUCAAAAUGGAAGGGCAUGAGGCCAUGGAACGUCUGAAAAUGUUGGCGCUGCUCAAAAGGAAGGAUUUGGCAAAUCUUGAGGUGCCACAUGAGUUACCCACCAAACAGGAUGGCAGUGGUGUCAAGGGCUAUGAAGAGAAACUCAAUGGGAAUCUCAGGCCUCAUGGAGACAACAGGACUGCUGGAAGGCCAGGCAAAGAAAACAUCAACGAUGAACCAGUGGAUAUGAGUGCUAGACGGAGUGAGCCAGAUCGAGGAAGGCUAACUCCCUCCCCAGAUAUCAUUGUUUUGUCUGACAAUGAGGCUUCCAGUCCCCGUUCCAGCUCCCGGAUGGAAGAAAGACUCAAAGCAGCCAACCUGGAGAUGUUCAAGGGGAAAGGCAUUGAGGAACGACAGCAGCUUAUCAAGCAGCUGAGGGAUGAGCUACGAUUGGAAGAGGCUCGACUGGUGCUGUUAAAGAAACUGAGACAGAGUCAGCUACAAAAAGAGAAUGUGGUCCAAAAGACUCCAGUUGUACAGAAUGCAGCAUCUAUUGUUCAGCCAUCUCCUGCCCAUGUGGGCCAGCAGGGUUUAUCCAAGCUUCCCUCCCGGCCUGGAGCCCAAGGGGUUGAGCCUCAGAAUUUAAGAACAUUACAGGGUCACAGUGUCAUUCGUUCCGCAACCAGUACCACCCUCCCGCACAUGUUGAUGUCUCAGCGUGUUAUUGCACCAAAUCCAGCCCAAUUACAGGGUCAGCGGGGCCCGCCUAAACCUGGCCUUGUACGCACCACAACACCCAACAUGAAUCCUGCCAUCAAUUACCAGCCGCAGUCAAGUUCUUCCGUUCCCUGUCAGCGCACAACAUCCUCUGCCAUCUACAUGAACCUUGCCUCCCAUAUCCAGCCAGGAACCGUGAACAGAGUGUCCUCACCACUCCCUAGCCCCAGCGCCAUGACUGAUGCUGCCAACUCACAAGCUGCAGCCAAAUUGGCUCUUCGCAAGCAGCUAGAAAAGACGCUCCUGGAGAUCCCACCUCCAAAGCCUCCCGCUCCCUUGCUUCACUUUCUGCCCAGUGCAGCUAAUAGCGAGUUCAUCUACAUGGUAGGCUUGGAAGAGGUCGUGCAGAGUGUCAUUGACAGCCAAGUAGGCAAAAGCUGCGCCUCACUCCUGCGGGUCGAACCCUUUGUAUGUGCCCAGUGCCGCACAGAUUUCACCCCUCACUGGAAGCAAGAAAAGAAUGGUAAGAUUCUAUGUGAACAGUGUAUGACCUCCAACCAGAAAAAGGCUCUGAAAGCUGAACACACCAACCGGCUGAAAAACGCUUUUGUUAAAGCCCUACAGCAGGAACAGGAAAUUGAACAGCGAUUACAGCAACAGGCAGCGCUUUCUCCUACUACGGCUCCAGCUGUAUCCAGUGUCAGUAAACAAGAGACCAUCAUGAGACAUCAUACACUUCGGCAGGCUCCACAGCCCCAGAGCAGCCUCCAGCGUGGCAUACCCACCUCUGCUCGCUCCAUGCUUUCAAACUUUGCACAGGCGCCCCAGCUGUCUGUGCCAGGCGGCCUCCUUGGUAUGCCAGGUGUCAACAUUGCAUACUUGAACACUGGCAUCGGGGGACACAAAGCCCCGAGUUUGGCAGACCGACAGCGCGAAUACCUUUUAGACAUGAUCCCUCCUCGGUCUAUAUCGCAGUCCAUCAGUGGACAGAAAUAACGCCUGGUCCACUUGCACUGCCCCCACCUUGAAUCCUUUACCCCUUUUCUCUCCCAUUGCCCCAACUUCUGUCGCAUGCAGUGCCUGUACUGGUGCCUACCAUACACGGAAAGCAAAACUGAAAAACAGAAGACAAAAAAUAGAAAUCAACGAGAAAACACAACGCCCUGCCCCGACCCUUUAUUUCACACUGCUGCGAUCUGUUCUCCUGCCGUUUUAUCUUCUCUCUUCGGUUUUCUUUAACAGUGAAGUGGAUCUUUGCCUCGGACAGAGGUGAGGAUGAGGUCCUGGGAGAAUCUAAACCCUUUGACAUGUGUUUCUAAAGUUUGUUUUAUGCUAUAAUUAUUAUCCUUUUUAAUUAUAUUGUAUGUCCUCCCUUUGUUCAGUGGACGGUUAAGUCUUUUUUUCCCCCAAUCUUUUUCUUCUUCUCUUCUUCCUUUUUUUUUUUAAACGUAAAUGAUAUUCAGUUCAAUGAUAGGAGCAUUGCAGGUUGCAGUAGGGACUCAGCUGCGAAGCAGGACAUGACCGGGAAUGUCAGGGGCAGAGGUUUGGAAUGUACUUGAGCUGAGCUAUUGGGUGGAUGGCAUCAAACGAGGAGGAGCAGCACCUCAGCUGUGGGUGUUUUGGGGCUGGACAUUUGAGAAGCCGUGUUCUAGUAUUAAAAUCGGGCUCUAAGAGUGAGAGGAAAGAGCCUGGAGGAAGAAGCUUUAAACAACCACCCUGGAAUUCACCUGUGGAAGAGGGGCAGGAAGAGGUGUGAUGGGAGCGUAAUGGUGAGCCGAGGAGGACUGAGGCUGGCCCCUGGCCUUCCGGAUGCAGAGGAGUGAGACUGGUCUCCCGACCCCAUCGGAUCCACUCCAGGCCCACUAGCCCAAACUGUUUCAUCUUGUUUUCUUGACAGAAUUGCGCCCCACCCGCCUCUCACUCUCUUUAAAAAUCCCCAUGUUCCCCCGCUUUAACCACAGCCCCAUCUAUGACACAGCUGUUCCAGGCUGGGGUUUGCUGGGGUUCUAGAAGCUGGAAUGGGCAUGAGUGAGUCCAGUGACCAAAGGAGGAAGUAGGGAAAGAAGUUCUUUCAGCAGCUGCGGUUGUCACGUCUGUCCUUUCUCCCUCUGGAGAGGCUAAGAGUGAGGCCCAGAGAAUUGGGGUGCAGUCUCGCUCUCACUGGGGCACUGACUGCAGAACCAGCUACCCAAGGCCAAACACCUCGUGUCACAGCCAGCCAUGGACCUCAGCUACACAAAUGUCUUUCCCCACCCCCAGAAUUCUGUUAAUUUUGAUUCUUGUUUUCCUUUGUUUUUAUUUUAUUCUUAAGUGCUACUAAUGUAGAGAAUGAAUUGUGCAAUGUUGCUGUUCUGGGGAUUAGGGAGAUUAGCGUCCCAUUUGCCCACGCUGUGGGGGAGGAGGGAGGGAACUAGGCUGUUGCUGAGGUAAGGGAAGCCCCCUAAAGGGAAGGGUUUCUGCUCUCAAGAAUGUGGAGAGCACCUGCCUGCCUCUCGAGCUCUACAAGCUGUCGGAGUGCACUGGGUCACUCGUAGCAGAGGUAUGAAGAAUUGUUUAAUAGGUUGCCCUUGAAAGCCACCUGAGGAAGUUCCCUCGUUUUUAUUUUUUAAAAAUUAAAUAAUUUUUUUAAAGUAAAAAGGCACUUUUAAAAUUAACACACACAAACUGCACAUCUUCCUCAUAAAUUUUGGGGUAGGGUGGGAGAAGGAGCUGAAACUAGGCUUGGUUCCCCCACUCUGGCCUCUACUCCCCACACCCCAGUCCCACUGUGGGUGAUUAUACUGGCCCUACGGGUCUGGCUUUUUUCUUUCCUCCCUUCCCCUAACUUCAUUGAGCACUUAAUAAAGGAGCAGAGAUGCAACCAGUGUCUGGGCUCCCCAAGUGGUGAAAUGAUCUGGAAGCUAGACGCUAGUGACAGGUAGUGAUCGGGUCGUUUCAAGUAUUUUUGGGGAAUGUGGUACCCCGACUGUAAGCGGGAGAGGGAGGGGGGUAAUGGAACUGGGUCUGGGGUUAUUUUAAAAUUAUAUAUAUAUAUAUAUAAAGAUAUAUUCUUACAUCUUUUCUUUGCCCUCUGUGCUUUGAAAGCACUGGAUGGAUUUUUGGUUUUGCUUUUCUCUCUUCCACAAAAUUGGAAGCUUUUUUUAAAUGUUUUUCCUACGAGUCAUCUUGCCUUGUGGCAUGUCUGUCUAGCCUCCCCUCCCCAUUAUAAAGUGCCAUUCUGUUAAGUCUCCCCGACCCCCAGCUCAGAGGUGCUCAGAGGUACGAGGUGCCCAGGUUUGUCAGUUGAGAUUACAAAUUAGGAACAGAGAAUGUGCAAUACCGUCUAGCUGGGGGCUGUCCCUGCCCUGAGCUGAGGCCCUUCCCUGGGAGCCAGGCAACCUUGGAUGGGACUUGGAGAUAAAGCCGCCGAGAGGGGCCGUGAUGGGCACGAGGGAGAGGGCCCGUCUUCCCUGUUCUUCCCUCCUCAGGGUCGUUUACGUAGAAGCUGCUUACUGACUGGAAUAGCUCUGUGACCCUUUGCUCAAUCACUGAGGCUGAAUUUCUUCCUCUCCUAUCCCCAUCUUCAUUCCCGACCCAGGGAUUAGUGCUGGGGUGAGGGCUCCUUAAUCAUGGUGAAGUGUUAGCCUGCACCUCCUCCUGUCCCUCCCUCUCCCAGCCCCUCCGCCGUCCUCCAGUCUCCGGUGUUCAUCACUGCCCGCCUUUCGUCCCUCCAGGUCUGCUGUCCCUCUCCUCUCUAGGCCUUGAGCCCUGCAGACACUAACCCUCGUGUCCUGUGGGUAGGAAGGAAGACCCUGUUUGAGAGCUGUCCUUGGUCCCAGCACUCUGAUUCUUGGGAUGCUGCGAGAGUGAGGGUCCUGCCAGUUCUGCCUGGCUUCCUCCUGACCCUGAGGCACUAGCGUAGUUACUCACGGGUGGCGUCCUACUCCCUAGAAGCCUGAAGUGGGUGGAUUGGUGGUAAGGUUUGGGUAAAACUGGGGGACAGAGGUCCUUACUUGUCAGUUUUGUCACUUAACCACAGCAUCUGGACUCCAUUGCUGGAAUAAGUAUUUUUCCCACAUUUUUCCCCCUUUGGAUAUAUGUAUGGUAGACUUUUUUUUUUUUUUUUUUUUUUUAAGACAGAUAAAUGUUUUCCUGCUUUGGUUACUUUCCUUCCCCUUUAAAAGGAAUUAGCUGUAGAGCUGCUUUGUAAAGAUGCUUCUUGGUAUUUUCCUUUGUUCCUUUUGACCACCAUUGCCCUGUCUCCCCGCUCCUCCAGAAGGCAUAACCUCCUCACGCCCGCCCGCGCCAGCCCUAGGCUCCCUUCCUUCCACCAAGAUCUUCAUUAGCUUAUGAUACUUGCUGCCGAGAUGUUAUAACAAGGACUCAUUCGUGUAUAUAAGCUAUUUCUUGAUCCACUUAAAAGGAAUUGUACAUUGUGUAGAAAAAAAAAAAAAAAAAAACUGAAAAAGAGAAAAAAAAGCCCUAGCCAUGGAUAUUGUGAAACUGUGUUAUGUCAUUUUGUAAUGUGCCCGUUUGUGUAUGAUCCGUGCAAAAGGGUUUCUGGGGAAGGGGCGGGGGUAGGGAGGCAGGGCUGUGGAGGGCGGGGAGGGAGUGGGCCGGGCCCAGCACACUGAGACUGGCAGCUGCUCCAACCCCGUCCCUCCUUAGAGACGCCACCUCCCCCACCGCCCACCCCUGAUUUGUGCCUUGCCUCCCCACCCUGGAGGGGUCCCUCCAGGUCACCAGCACUGCCUUGGCAGAGCCCGCUCCCUACCCUGACCUGCCCCCCUCCCUGCCCCCCAGCAUUAGAUGGAUACUGUGGGGAAGUGCUGGGGGUUGGGAGGUAGCCGAGGAAUGGGGCAGUUCCCGGGGGCAUCGAAACCAAGUAUUAUUAUGAAUUGUAAUUGUAUUUGCACUGUUUUUUCCCCUCUGAUUGCAUCAGCAUAUAUACAAUAUACCUAUAUAACAAAAUUCAGUGUCAAGCUUUCUUAUGCAAGGGAUUUUCCCCACCCUCCAAAAGAACAAACCUAGUCUGUGGGCCUUUGAGGGUGUAUUGUCAGGGGAUGGUAGAAAGGAGGUUACUAAGUCAUCCUAUGGUCUUGUCCAAAGGGAGCCUCAGCCAUCUGCACCGUUAGAGGCUGCACAAAUUUAGGUGAGGCUGGGCUCCUGGCCCAGGACUGAAAAAUAAAGACCCACCAGUACAGAGGGGCAUAGUUUGGAGGCAAGAGGUCUCCAGGUAUACUAGUGUUCACUUCAUCUUUGGUACAGUUUAUUUUCUGGGUCGAAGUUUUUUUCUAAUCUAUAAAGAGAGGUGAGUGAGACUGAAGUCAUCUGGCCAUUUAGUUUAAAAUUCUUGCUUCCCCACCUUUUGAAAACAAAAUACAACUUGAAGUGGAGUGCAGAGUUGAAAAAUCUGGGAGGAAAUGAGAGGAACUAGUGUAAAAUGGAUAUAUGCGUGACAGUGCCCUACUUCAGCCUGGACUUGGGGCGGGGGUGAGUAGUGUUUGGGAAGUCAGGCCAGCCGCAUCUUUAUCCACAGGUUUCUAGCCAUCUGAGGUCCAUGACCAGGCAUCAAGCCCCACCUCACCACCAGUCACAAAGCCUUUAAGUGUGGUCGACCCAUGAAAUGCCCCAGUUGGUGGUCUAGUUAGCUAUUUCCUUUGUGAGCUACAGAACUUCCCGUCGUCUUGGUGACAAAAUAGGAGAGCUCAGAUAUAGCCCACGUCUCUCCUUCCCCCAGAUCCCAUCUGAACCCCCAAGACAGCUGUUUCACAGUCUGUCUCCUUCAGGGGCCCAGUUUCCCCACCGCCGGGGCCGAGCACUCCCACUCUUGAGGCUCUUGGCUGGUGAAGCCUGGGGAGGGUGCAGGAUGGGGGGCAAGCCCUGGCUGCAGGGGGAAGGAUAGGGGGCGGGGUGGGGAGCAGGGAGGUGGGGUGGGAGCGGCCUUCCCUGAACAGGGUGGGGGGGUGGGGAACAAGACCCUUUUGCACAACUCUAAGUUUCCUUUUUCUUUGCUUUUUUUCUUUUUUAACUCAUUCUAAUUUUCUGCAUUGUGUUUGGGAAAUAAAAUGAAAAAACUAAGACCAAUAGAAACUGGUUUUCAAAAAGGCAAAUACACUCCCAUCUGUUUCAGAUGCUGCUGAGCAUUUCAGCAGCGAGAUUCUAAUAAUAAGCUAAUUUUUGGAGAAAGGAUUAAAAGAAAAAAAACUUUGUAAUAUUUAUCACUUGCAAGCUAUGUUUAAUAAAGAAAGGAAUGGUUUCUAAA